GAAAUGUUCUUUUCAAGCUUCUAAGAGCAGUGACAAUGGAGAGAAAAAAUACUAUAAAAAGGUUUGAAAGUAUUCUAGAAGGCCUGUUUGGACCUGGAUUAUUAAAAGAUCUCAGUUUGUUUAAAGACUGUGAGCCUGAAGGUGUUUCUGAUUGGUCUUUUGAUGAAAAUUGUCUUUUCUGCUGCCUGAGAAGAGAAAAAGUGAAGGAACACUUAGUCAGUCUGGAUGAGCCAGCCUCGGAAGCUGGACAAGAAGCUCUGCUUAGACAAGAGCAAGCAAAAAUCAUUCGUUUUGAAAGGCAAGCGGAAGAGUUCCUCAAUGCAGUCUUUUACAGAAAAGACAGUCCUAGGGUCUCUGACCCAAAUAUUCCCCUAGUGGCCCGUGAGAUCAUGCAGCGAAUGAUCCGACAGUUUGCUGCUGAAUAUACCUCAAAAAAUAGCUCUACUCAGGACUCCAGCCAGCCCAAUAGCACAAAGAACCAAAGCCUGCUGAAAGCAUCUCUGGUCGCCUCCUCUCCCACGGCUGCAACUGCUCAGAACCCUGUGCUCAGCAAACUUCUCAUGGCUGACCAAGACUCACCUCUGGACCUUACUGUCAGAAAGUCUCAGUCAGAACCUAGUGAACAAGACGGUGUGCUUGAUUUAUCCACUAAGAAGAGUCCUUGUGCCGGCAGCACCUCUCUGAGUCAUUCUCCAGGAUGCUCCAGUACUCCGGGAAAUGGUGAGGAUGCAGCAGAGACAAUAGCAAUAGACUCUAACAAUCAGCCGAAGUCUCCACUGGAAAAGUUUAUGGUCAGACUGUGUACACAUCACCAGAAGCAAUUCAUUCGUGUGCUAAACGACAUAUACACUGAAGUACAACCAGACUCCGAAGGCCAGCAGUUGUCUGAAUCUGAGAACAUGGAGGCCUCUACUUGUGGCUCUGGUUGUAGCCAGCAAAGCACUGAAAAUCAGGAUAAGGGUGCUACUUGUACUGAAUCAAAGCCCCCUUCUUCCUCGGACCCAGGACAGUUGGGGUCCGAUGGCCCCCUGCAUGUUACGGGACAAGCCUCGAAGCAGCCGAUGGAGCUGAAGUCUCUGGACAGAGCAGAGAGCUCCAAUCCUGCUUUGAGGAGGGACUUCGAGCUCCCCAUCACCAGGCUUCGUUCUGCUAGUCCAAAGGAUAGCUCCACCCAAGGAUACCUCAGCACAUUAAACUCUUCCUCUUUGAAUUUCCAUCAUGCUGCAAAGAGCCUGGAAGGGCAGCAAGCUGCUGGACACGAGCAAGAAGCCAGUGUCAGAAAGUGUGAGGACAGUAAAGAGCAGCUAGCAGGUAAGACUUUUGUGGAAGGUUAUAUCUCGGUCAAAGUAGCAAAUGUGAACGGCAGCGAGGACAGCUUAGAUGGCUGUCUGGGGUCCCAAAAGAGCUCUUUUAGAGCUCUUCCAGAAGAGUCCUGGGAUCCCAGCUUUGCAGUGACCCCUCCUCGCAGAGCUGACAAAGAGAACACUUUGCAAUGCAGCUCAAAAGCAUCUUUGCUCCAGGACUUAGACGCAAAAGAACAAGAUGCAAGACCAAAGCAAGAAAACCACCUGCACGCCAUGGCCAAGGGCAAGGCAGGCUGCCACCUGCAUCCAGCCGACAAGGGCCCACUUGACAAGUCCAAAGAGGGCUGGCUGCCCGCCAGCACUGCGCCAGCUGCCCACCGGACCCCUGGUGGGCACCCUCGCGCCAAGGCAGCCUCCCUCAGAUCCACUCGUAAGAGCAAGAAGACAUCGGGGCUGAGGAUCAAUGACUACGACAACCAGUGCGACGUGGUCUACAUCAGCCAGCCCAUCACUGAGUGCCAUUUUGAGACCCAGCGGUCGGUGUCAUCCCGCAAGACAGCGAGGAAGAGCACGCGGGGGUACUACUUCAACGGGGAGUGCUGCGAGCUCCCGACUGUCCGCACGCUGGUUAAGAGCUCCCGGGCAGAGGAGAGGGGGAGCAGCCCGGCACUGCGAACAGAGACCCUCGUAAGCUCUAAGCCGCCCCUGGUGCUCUCGGUGGGGGGCUCUGCAGGGGCAGGACGGGAAGGCGAGAAGAGGGUUUCCCUGAGGCUUCUGGCUAAAGGGGCACCAACCAACCGAGAAACAAAAGAAAUUGCUGAGCCGGCCCCUGUGCAGCCCUGGGAUACCCGGGCACUGCGGUCGAGGGAAGCCACAAUGGCCGUGCCCUUCUUCUCCCUCUCUGCUCCACCCAGCCCCCAGAAAGAGGACAGCUCAGCUGGCUCACCACCCCCUGGCUCCCCUCCUACAGAAGGAGAGGGGAUGAGAGCAGGAGGCACUGUCCCCUGGGAGGCUGGUAGCAGCCUGGGCUCCUCUGGGGAUGGCAGUGGUGGCGGGCAGGCUGCCGAUUUUGCUGCCCUUCCCAUCUCAGAAGCACCCAGCGGGGAGGAAGGUUGCCCAGGCUCCAAUGUACAAACAGAUCCAGCUCUCCCCACCAGCCCAGAGCCAAAGUCCCCCUUGCAGCCCUCUGCCACUGCGGACACAGUACCCCUGACCCAUGAUGGUGCCAGGGAUCCUGCCCAGCUUCCAAGCGCAGGGGACACAGAGCCCUGCAGGCUGUGUCUGCCAGAGCCCUCCCCAUGCUCUCCAGGCCAGCAGGCUCCCGAUGAGCCCCCUGCCACCAUGGAUGGGGAGAGCCCCCCGGAGCCCACCACCACCUUGCAGUGCAUGGAUGUGAACAAAAGCAUUGAUGCUGAACCAGAAGCCGAAUUAUCAGGUAUGGUGGGUGACAGCUCCGCUGAACAAGAGGAGGUUGUGCUGGCCAGCACAGCCCUCCCCAAAAUCUCUGAAGGGCAGUCAGUGGAGAAUAACAGCCCAGCAGGUGAAAAAGAGCCUGUUGAAGAGGAAAUGCUGCCUGAACCUGAUGGUUCAGACACUGCAGGGAAUGACUCUGUGUCUUCCAAAGACAAUCUAGACAAGAAGCGAAAGAAAGGCAGGAGAGUGCUUGUGGCAUCGGACCGGUGUCUCCGAAGCCAGCAAUCUCAGUCGCCUGCUGAGGACAGUUCUGAGGAUGCUGUUUCUUCCAGCUCUGUGCAGCUUCCUUGCCUUCAGAUCAAACUCUCUAAGAGUCCUGGCGCUAAGCGGUUCAAGAGAGAGGUGCACCUGGAUGGGGCUGCAUCCAUGCACUUCCCAAAUGACUGCUUCCCCAGUGCGCUGCUCAAAACCAGUGAGGGGCCAGGCACUGGCCAGGCUCAAAAGAACAUCACCGAGCAGCAGCCAGCUGAGGAGAAUGGUGUCACUACCAGACAAACCUAUAAAAGCAUCUUAGUGAAAGAGACUUCAGCAGAGGGAGAAAAUUCCUCUAAAGACAACCCCCCUGCUAACAGCAGCCAAAGUCAACCCAGUGAGAUGCUGGAAAUCAUUGUCCAGGCUGAUUCUGAGAAGACAAGCAUUCUCCUCCCUCCAGAGAGCAGUGUACCUGCAAAUGAUGCCGAGCAAGUGGAUGUGAAACCAGAUGAUGCCAGCGUGAAUGAUGAGGAGAGCUCUGACAGUGCCAUAGACACAGGCAAGCUGGAGAACUAUGAGCCAGUGGCCAAUUCACCUCCAUGUCCCAGCAGCAGAGGUGGAAGCAAGCAUCUUCCAGCAAAGGCUGCAAAGCAUAAAAAAGUUGCCCUGCAGUUUUAUAACUUAAGACACGCACACGCACCCAUAGACACUGCAAAAAAGAGCACACAAGGGAAGGAGUCUAUGCAAGCGAUCCCCAAACUGAGGGACGAAAGCAAUUCAGGGAAUGAUGACUCCCCAGCAUUGGAGGACAUAGACAUGGCUGACAGCAAACCAAAGUUCAUGGAGUGGUGUGCUGAAGAGGAGAACCAGGAGCUCAUUGCUGAGUUCAACGCCCAGUACAUGAAAGUUCAGAAAGGCUGGAUUCAGCUGGAAAAGGAGGUGCAGCCAACUCCCAAGGUAAAGAACAAAGCUGACAAACUGAAAGAGAUUUGGAAAAGCAAGAAAAGGACACGGAAAAGUAGAGGCUCUCUGGAAGUGCAGAAGCUUUCACCUGUCCAGAUGCUGUUUAUGAAGGCCUUUAAGCUGUCCGACAUCUGCCAAUGGUUUCUGGAGACAACUGAAACCAGGUCUCUAGUUAUCGUGAAGAAACUGAACACCCGUCUCCCUGGGGAGAUCCCCCCCAUCAAAGUCCCAAUGCAGAAAUAUUCCUCCUCCAGUCUCUACCCCAGCUCACUCCAAGCUGAACGUUUGAAAAAACACCUCAAGAAGUUCGCUGCCACUACCCCAGCUCGGAAUAACCUGAAGAACCAAAAGCUUUGGGCUAAAAUUCGAGAGAACACUGAUAAAGCGGAGGCUGAAGAAGCCACCACUCCCAGCCAGAUGUCUCCCACUAAUGUUGGCACCGAAGACCUGAGUGAAGACAAAACCAUCCAGCCUGCCCACAGCUUGCCCACACAGGCCAGCACUAGGAUCCUGCGCAAGUACUCCAACCUACGGGGCAAGCUGCGAGCCCAGCACCGCAUGGUGAAAGUGGAGAAGAAGGGUGAUGGCCCGGGGGACCACCUGUCUCUGGACAGCAAGCAUAGCCGGAAGAGUGUGUGCAUCAACCCGCUGAUGUCUCCGAAGUUGGCCUUGCAGAUCAAAGCGGAUGCCUUUCCUGCUAAAUCUCCAUCAGUGGAUGGGAUGGGGAAGGGGCGGAAGGGGAAGAGCAGAUCCCAGGAGGAUCCCUUGUCCAAAGCUGACCUCCAGCUCAACAGGAAGAAGAGGAUGCUGAAGGAGAGUGGGAGCACCCAGGAGCGGUCCGGCUCCUCCACCAAGGACAAGCUGCCUGCCAAGAAGGCCAGUAAAAUAAAGCAUUCGGAGGUCAGCGCAAAAACUCCUGCCACCCGAAAGCAGGCUGCCAUGGAGAGGAGCAAUAAGCUGGCUAGAAAAAUGUCAUUGAAAGAGAAGAGAGCCCCGAAAAGGCAGCUGGAGAAGGUGCGGCUCUCCCUGCGGAAGGGCAAGGAGAACACGAGCAGACGGGCUGUGCUGCCCCCCAGCCACGAGGAGCUAGCCAAGUCCCUGAAGCAGAAGCCCCUGGGAGAGUCCUCCACACGGUCACAGAAGAUGGCCAACAAGAAGCCCAGUGGUGGGAAGACCCUGACCAGGUCCAUGAAGAAGAUGCAGGAGAGCAGUGGGUCGCAGGGCAAGAGGAAGCUGAGGGCAAAAGUGGACUGUUCGCACAGCAAACGCUCACGACUGGACCCAAAAUAGCGAAGAACCAGUAGCCAUGUACAAAACUGGUGUACAGUAGUAACCCUUUACCAUGCAUUAACUAAAGCUGCUUUUAUAAGCUGUAGCAAGCCUUUAAAAAUCCGCAGUUAAAAGAUAACGCCUGUGAUUUUAGGCAUCAGCAGAUGUGUUUUGGACAGAGAAGAGGUCGGCUUGUCUGGCUCUGCUGUUCAGAAGGAAGUUUCUGCAGUUUGAACGUUCCUUGGGUUUUUAAACUUGGAACCAGGCAGUUUUAGUUAAAAGUACAGUGCCUUAUUUAUCACUUUAAAAAUAAAAAUAAGAAGCUCGUCUGUGUGAUUUGGAGGCUUGCGUUUUAUACUUGAGGCACAAGCACUUGUACUGUAGCAGAAAGAAAACCACCUUCGUGCACAUGAAGUAGCUUUUGGCAGCCUUCGGGUGCACGCAAACAUUUCCCUUUCCUUCAGAGUCCUCCUUCUGUCUGUCUUCUUAGUGGCAUUUAAAGCAAAACCAAAACCAUUUCCCAUCACUGAGGGAGAGAAAGGCAAAUCUGUCCUUUGUUGGUUCGUUAGUAGCAGCUGCUGGUGUCCCAUACUGUUACCUGCUUAAAAGUAUUAAUUAGCUACUGGUGUGCGUACUGCUGAUGGCUGCCUCGCUCCCCCCUUGCACAGCCCGUGGGGUGGGGAGGUCCUGCUCAGGCGGAGGUGGCAGGGGAGAUGCUGCGGUGGCUCUGGGUACCAGCCUGCCACAUCCACUGCUGCUGGGCAGGCACGCUGGGCUGUAUCCGUCUUUAUUUCUUGCUGGCUUCAGGGAUGAAUGGGUCCUGCCGUGCCCUGCUUUUGGACAGACCUCCUUCUCCUAUUUUGCUGCCCCUGUGGUGAUUUCUGUGGUCUCUGACAGCAAAGCAGUUUGUGCAGUGCUUCGCUGAAGGUUGACUCUCUCCCUUUUCACAGGCUUGAGCUCCUGAUGUUGGUGUUCCGCAGAAGGGGAGCCCUGGCCCUUGCCCUGUGCUCUUGUGUGCGUCUUGCCUAGCAUCCUCCUAAGCCAGGAUUUUUGAUUGGAAUAGGGUUGAGAGAAGGGACUGACUUAAGUUUAUUUUUUACCGUAAUUUGCAUUUCAUCCUUUUACUAGCAAGUUGCGGUUGCUUUGUUCUUGCUUGCGUCUGGUGCUGUGGAGUCUGAAAGUGGCCGAGCCUCUACCCUGUCCUACAUGACACCUUUGCAGGGUGCCUCUGCAAGCCUCUGCAGCAUGUUUAAAAGCCAGCUGGGGGUCUGCAGUGGCAGAACAGGGUCAUGGUGCCUAGCAGCUCUGCGGAAAACCUGUUAGAAGCACACAGAGCACAUGGCUGUGCUGGCUCUGCCAGGCGGGGAUGCUCAGUGGCUGAGAAGGGUCUGUUGCAGUCUGCACUCGGGGAGAGGACCCUGCUCAGCCCUUGCAUCCCCAUGGCUCCACUUUAACAUGGCUGCGCAAAGUCCCUUUGCAUGAAUCCCAAUGCAAGCUUCCUCCUGUGCAGAAAGUGGCAAUGCCUGGGAAGUCACUGUGCGGGCUCUGGGGUUGCCCCACCUUUAACAGCCACUUGCUGAUCCCUGCUCAUCUCCUUGUCCCUGCUCAGAGCAAGGCUCCGGGGCAGGCCACACAUUUGAGAGAUGCCUGCCCUGGGGGCAGAGGCUAGAGAGGGCUCGACUGCAACUGGAAUUCCUUUUCAUGGUUGGCAUUGAACCCCAGAUCCCAAAGCCCGUGGACUGGAGGUGGAAGGCAGAUAAUCAUCUUUAAAUCUUUCAUUGUACCUAUUUAGUAUAGAGGAUGAAACAAGGCAUUUGAGAUUCGCAUGCCCUUCACAGAGCACCACUGGCUCUCUUGCAGGUAUUCCCUUCCCCCAGUGCUGACGCACACGAGGCUGCGGCACAUUUUUCUCUUACUAUGAAAUGGCUGAUUUAAAAAAAAAAUAAUCCGUUACCUUUCCUUUGAAUCAUGCUAGAAUAAGUUAACUCUCUGAACAGCUAGGAAGUGAAUAAAUCUAGCCUGUCAGUCCCUGUACAGAUUAAUAUGAAGUUAUCUAUUACUUUAAUUUUUACUGCAUGCAUUAAAUAUGUCAAACAUUCCAUCAGAAAAGAUUUAAAAGCAUUUCAGGAGAGGUGUGAGGCAGGGGGGCACUGUUGGCAGUUAAAUGACUGAUCUGUACCUUUCUUACAGGUUGUCUUCCCCUCUUCUCCAUCCAUACUUAGAGUCCUCCUCUAGCCUCCGGCUGGGACAGCCUCUCCACAGGCACGCGGGCCCAGGAUUUCCCCUCCUUCCCCUGGGCCGGGCGUGCGUGUGAGCACCCCUCUUACCUAUGCUCCUCAUGCUGCUCCCUGACAGCAGACCUUCUUUUCCCCGUCCUUCACAACCCCUCUUUCUCCAUCCUUCCUCAUUGCUUCUGAAACAUCUGCACUGGGCUGUGCUUGCAGAGCUGUGCAGGGUACCACACACCUGAGCGCUCCUCAGGGCUUUCCCUCUCUCCUCCUCUUUAAUUUUUUAGCCGCUGGUAAAUGCAGGCUGCUCUGCUCUCCAUCUUCCAUGCUUCUGGGAGUGGGAACCUCAUUAGGCUAAAAACCUCGACAAAGCAAGUGGAGAGAGGCUUUCUGGAAGGGGUGCUGCUGCUCCAGCCUCCUGGCUGCCUUCCUGCACCCCAGGGCUCCACCAGCACCCAUUGGCUGAGCAUGGCAAGGGUGGGAGAUGGCAGGCGUCCCAUGGGUGCAGGGGUGGAGCAGUGUCUGGGUGUCUGUCCUGGUUUGGUGUGCAGUGCUUGGCUUGGGCGGUGGUGGGAUCAGCACACUGAGGUUCCGGCAGUGUCCCAGCCAGGCGUCAGUUCCAGAGAGGAAUGGCCAGGACCCGUCACGGGGAGAAGUCAGAGAUACUAAAAGGAUAAACAUAUUUCUCCCACCCCUUUGGAUUUCCAGUCUCGGGCUGUGGUUUUCUGUCAUACUGCUGUGUUUCGGCUUAGUUGGAUGGAGAUUUCCUGUGCUGAAGGCAGGUCUCCAUGGGACAAAGCCCUGUCAGCAGACGCUGUAGGAGUCACAGGGCUCCAGGAGGGAGCAAGGUGGCAUUGGCCAUGAUGAGCAGUGUGUGGCCAAUGUGGUCUGAAACUCAAAGCACCUGCAGCUUGUCCCAGGCUCCUAUCACCUUCAACUGGCAGCUCUGUCCCUCCCUAGGGGAUGCCAGAGGUGUUCAGCAAGCCCUGGCUUUCCCACAUUAGAUCUGGCGUGUCCUGUGCAAAGAGUAACACUCAUGAAAUCUGUGCAAAGAUCCUGCUGACUUUUAAUGGGAGCUGAGCUGUGCCUCAUAGGUGUAAAUCUGAAUUUCUUCUCCCUUUAAUGAGGAAAGGUAGAGGGUGUGUUCUGUGUCAAGAUGGGACUGAAAAGAGGGUGCUGGGCUGAACUGGGCUUUGGAUUGUUAUUCUUGUCUUCAGAAAAUUAAUUGAGAGUAAGCAAAUAAUUCUGAGUUUUUUUUCAAAUAAAACCAUUUCUAAAUACAAUUGCCCAGCCUGCAGCCUGGGACUAGCCCAGGCCAGGCAUGUGCUGCAUGUGCCUCGUGGGUGCCUGGCUCAGGUGGGCAGAUGGCAGAGCAGCACCUUGGGCACCUGCAGGGACAGGGAGCAGUGGGUUUGCAGGAGGUGCCAAGCCGGACUGUCCUGUGGGAUGAGAUGAUCUGGGGUCUUGUCAGCAGGGACCCACCGGCUCCCUGCUCCACUGCCCUUGGGGACAGUCCCUGGCGUUGCAGCCUCUACAGGGCUUUCCCUGGCCAGGCACAUAAACCCUGCUCAGAGCUGCUCUGCUCUCUGCCUCCUCCUUUCCUCCCAACAACUCCCCCUUAUUUAAAAAUUACAAUUUUGAGGAAAACUGGAGUGAUUUGUCUCUACAUUGUGCUGUUUGUGAGGAACUGGCAGGAGCAUUUUCUCCUGCAGCUGCUGCACUGGGUGGUGGGUUGAACUCAUGCAGGUAGUUUUUAUGGAGAGCAAGCUUGUUUGCCAAGGGAUGGGCAGGGUGAAGCCAUCACCUAUGGCUGAGUGAUUGCAGCAAGCACUUGGGGCAUGACCUCUCCAGCCCACCUCAAGAUAGGAAUAUAGGUGCUUUAGUACAAAUUCUCUGAAUUACAGAUUUGUGCAAUCCUUUGGGUUACCCCAGAGGAGGAUCCCCAGGGGCAAGGUAGGCCAGGGGUGGCCGUCAUCUCUAGAAGAGCAUUAAGGCUUUCUGCUCUGAGGAGGCCCCCAGCUCCCUUACAGGCUCCUUUCCUUGCUGCCACUGCUCUAGGAGACGCCGUCUUUGGUCCCUCUGCCUCUCCUGUGUGUGUUCUCCACUUGACACCAAUAGUAGCUGCUAGGUCUUGCAGACUACAAGACCUGCUCUUAAUGUGCUUUGCACUUGCUUUUGUGAGUGCUUUAUUUUGGGGCAGGAAGAAGGAAUGCUGUAAUUUGCUAGAAAAUGAAAUUUCCAUUUAGUUUGGUAGCAAAUUGAAGGAUCUGCAUGUGAGGUGACUGCCUGGCAGGGUGGCAUUGCCUGGGCAGCCCUAUUUUCUUUAUCAGUGCUCAGAUAUCUGAAUUUUUUUCUCCUUUUGUUUUUUUCCCAAUCAAUUCUCAUGUUGCAUUACUCUUUCCAAUUUACUUCCCAAUUUAGUGUCUCCACACAGCCAUGUUUCAGCUAGAACAGUGCAAAAGAGACACAAAAAUAAGUAACGUUAAUACCAUAUACAUAACCUGUUGCUCUUUGUAAAUGACUUGGGACGUGCACUACUCAUUUCUGUUUGUUUUGCAGUGAGGCAGAAGUGAGGUGUGCUGCUGUUGCAUGGCCCCUGCUUUAGAGAAGCCCAUUUCCAAUAAAUGCAGCUUCUUCACAAUGCACAGGAUGCACAGGGAGCUGCAGAUGAUCUUAAUGAAUGGAAGGAAAUAAGAAACACAAUUAUUACACUGGCAUCAAGUGCAUUUCCGUUUGCUAUGGUGCAGAGCUGCCCACUGGCACUACCACAGUGCCAUCCUCAGCUCUGCAGCCUCAUUGCGCUCCUCUUCCUCUGGGCCAUGCCGCCGCUCCCUGCUCUGCUUCUUCAGCUCCGGAUUUCAGCACAAGUGCUGUGUCCCACAAAACAGACCUCUCCUCUUUCUGUUACUUUGGCUUUCCUUGCUGGCCACUUUCUCAUCCUAUUCUUGAAACUAGUCUCCAACUCCCAGGUUCGUGUACCAGUAGCAGCAUCUUCUUAGCUCUGCACCUCCACAGAUGUCCUUACUGGCCCUUUGCUGCCAGCCCCCUUCUCUCAUUUGCAUGGUUACCUUUUCCUCUCUCACCUUGUCAUCAGCAGCUCCGGGUCUUCACACUUCAUGUGGUCAGGAACCAUCCAUCUUACCUAACCUCUGGGAGGGGCUGGUUUUGCCGUGCUCAGAGUCAAAAUUUAUCUGUGUGGGAGCUGAGGGCUGCAGCAAGAGCAGUUUGAGCCCAGGGUGGCUCCUUCCAUCUGUAACUGUUAGGUUCUUGUCUAGCAAUGCGAGCCCUGGCAUGGGUUUCUUUGCUGACAGGUUGCGUGCAGUAUAUCCAAGGUGUGCACAUGUUUAUAUUCAUCACUAAUGAGGUCCUUUUUGCUCGUGGUUGCUGUGUGCAGUGGUGUUUCUGUGUUCAACUACCAACACGUCAGUGAGACGCAUUUGCAGCAAACCUCCUCCAAAGAGCUGGCUGGCUGGUGCUGAUGCUUUCAGCAAACUUUCUGCCGUGUUGCUGAUCAUCCUCCACGAGCCAGGAGAGCGAGAUGACCUCGCCCCUGCUGCUCUCUGCGUCCUCGUCCCUCCUGUGCCAGGGGGAGCUGGACUGAGUGGGCUGGCGGGCUGCCCGAGCCACUUUUUGCUGGUGCGUGGAUGAGCAAAGCUGCAGGCCAGCCUGUGUCCCAGCCGCUCACACGGCACCUCUGGAAAUGCCGGUGUUUCUGAGAGCUCUGCCCCCCAUAGCAACCUCCCGGGAAAUAGAAACACAAUCUCAGAAGGACACGGGUGUACCGCUGCCCUGUUUUUAAGACUUGUUGAUGGACAGUUUCUCUCUCCAGGUCCUAUUCUUUCAGCCUGACAACUGCAUUCCCAGUUGAAGGCGACUAGGAAAGCUGCAGUUCCCAGCCUCCUGUGGGCAUGGGCAGUGCCUGGGGCAGCAGGGAGGUGUGGGCUGCCGUCCAGCUCAGGCUCUGGCCUUUCCACCACCAGUGGUUAUGCCAGGGAAAGAAGGCUGAGCCCCAGCCAAGGCGUCCUCGGGUCCGUGUCCUCGGGCUGGAUGCCUGCAUGGCCUGGGGGUGAGACAGGGCUAGGCUUCCCCCAUGCCCAGGAACGUCACUGCAGCUUUUCUUGUAGCAGUAGGUUUUCUGAGCAAACUAUGAGGCUAUGAUGUCCCCGCAUUGCGCGUCCCCCCACCCCCGUGUGUUGUAGCGUCCGUUCAGCCCAUCCUUUAGCUUGGUGGUUGUGAAAUGAAUCCAUCUGUUCUAAGAUGUUCUCAGGAGUUCUUGUUUGUAUUAAGCUCACCCCUAGGCUUAGCAGAAAUCAUGGUCCCCAUCCUUCCUCCUCCCCUCCCCUCAGACAAGCCCUCUCUUUCACGAGCACUUCCACCCUCUCCCCAAAGGGCGGUGGAGGGGGCAGCUGGCGGUUUUGAUUCAGGGCACGUUGGCAGCUUGGGGGCAGCCGGAGGAGCUGGGAUGCAGCCGGCCGGUGUUUGUGGCAUGGGUCCGGAGGCCAAGCAGUCCCUUGGGCUGCAUUGCUAGCCAAUGUUUUCUAAGUCUGUUUGUAAGAGUACCUAAUUUUAAAAUGAAAUGUGAAUAUAUAUUAUGUGUAGGUGCCAUGUAAGAUAGUGUUGUACUAGGCGGCAGGAUGCUAACCUACUUUUUAAGCUUUUUUGGGGCAGGAUAAAGCAUUUUUCUCUCACUUCAUGCUCACAGAUCUAAUAUUGUAAAUAGUUUUUUAAAAAUAUUUAUUUCAUGGGCUUUCCACAGGUUCUUAUUCUGACUGGUGUGCUGGUUGGUGGGGCUGUAUUGCCCAGCGUGCCGCAACCAAAGGGCUGGCUAUUGUGUGGGGGGACGGGAAGGGAUGGGGUGGGGUGGGUGGUGGUGGUGUUUGGUUUGGGGUAUUUUUAUGUCACAUCAAAGUUGAAGCAUUAACUUGUUCUCUUCAUCUCAUUUUGAUGAUGUCAGACCUGGUUGAUGGCCAUGGUCCCCGGGGAGGCAGUGAGCUCCUGUGGCCGGCUGGGAUGGCCGUUCCCCAGGGUGGGGGGCACUGCAAGCAAUAAGAUUUGUAGUAAUAAUGUCUGCUUUGAUGGCAGGAGCUCUCGGGGCUCAGGGCUGGGUGGGAAUAACCCCACUCCUUGUGGGGGCUCGGUCCAGCAUGUCAUUGGG